UUUCAGAAAACCCCUAAAUUGAUUCCUCAUACCUUUCAAUCCAUAUGAUUAUCAGUUCGUGGUGAAUCCUCUAUCUCUCGCGCCAUCAGUUCGUGGUCAAUUAAUCACUCUCUCUCUAUUUGUCGUGGUCUACUCCUCUCUGUGACUUUUAGAUCUUAAUCGACUAUAGUGCCGGUCUUCAUAAUGGACAAUGCUGUGUUUCCAAUCAUGAAUAAGAGGUGUUGGUGUGGCCAGAGAGCUUCUGUAUUAAUUUAUGAGUUCGCAGAUAAUCCUGGGAGGCUAUAUUUUAAGUGCAGUAGAAGGGUGUGGGUUGAUAUAUAUAUAUAUAUAUAUAUAUAUAUAUAUAUAUAUCAUCUUUUGACUCGAAUCCUUUCAAAAUGAAUACAUGCUUUAUGAAAACUAAGAAAACAACAACAAUGGUUAAACUAAUAAAGAAAUCAUCUUAAAUCAUCUACAAACUCAACUCAGAAAUUGUUUUAAUCAAUUAUUUAGGGUAAGAGAAUUAUUCAUAUAGGCUUGCACACUUGUAGCAAGAGAGGUGUUAAGGUUUUUAGUCACGCUUUAGCAAGAGAGGAGUUGCAGAGCUCUGCAACUGCUAGCUGUUGAUGAAGACAGAAAAUGGCGCCACUGGGUUGGAUCGAUUGUGUGGUUGAGGGGAUAUAUCUGAUACCUUAUCAUAAUUGUUCUCUUGUUCACUUUUCAUUGGUCCUUUAGACUGCCCUUUUCACAUCAUCAAGUGAAGAUUUCCUUUGCCUUAAACUGUGUCGUUUUAAUAAGGGUACAAUAGUCUUUUGGCUUUUCACGUACCGAAAUCUUUGGUUAUGGACUAAAUUGCAACAAAUUCAUAGUUUUGUAGGAUUUUUUUGUAGUUCAGGGGAUAGUUGCAAUACCCCAAUAGUUCAAGGUUUUUUAUUAUUAAAUCUCGGUAAUUAGUUUCCGUAGUAUGAUAUUUAAUUACUUUCUUUAUGACAUGCACUGUUUAACGAAAACAUGUGAUUAACGUAACUAAUCUCAAAUAAUUGGAAAAAGGUUUGAUUGUAGUUAUACAAGUUGCAUAUGUUUACAAGUAUUUUAAAGGAUUCAAAUAAUAUCCUUUUAACUCGGUCCGUCUUGUACACCAUAGUUGUUACAAGUGGGAGCUUGUCCUACAUUGGAUCUGAAUGGGAAAAUGAAUGGGUAUAAAUCAGUCGGUACGUAACACUAUCCAAUAGUUUAAGCUUUUGGGUAAAUAAGCAAGCGCCUAUUCAUUACAGUUGGUAUCAAAAGCAGACUUAAUCUUUGAUCCGGUGUCAUGCCAAUUGCCCGGCUCAAAGGGCGUCCGAGCUUUCACCCUAGGUAGGCAGGGUGGUUCAAGCACCCAAUAAAGCUGUUGCGAGUUCAGGUGGGAGAAAAUGUUAUCAGUGGAAUUUUGUCCCACAUCGAAUCUGAAUGAAAAAAUGAAUAUGUAUAAAUGAAUGGAUAUGCAACAUUACCAAAUGACUUUAAUUUUUGGAUAAAAUGGAUACACGCUCAUCCGUUACGUAAGUGCAUAUGGUUGAUGUGAAUCAAUUCAAUUUUACUUAAGAGCAGUGUGUAAUGUUAACUAUUUUAAAAUUAAAUCAAACCUUUUUCAACCCAAUUUUUUGUGAGGCAAACAAAACUUUCGUUUAUAAUACAUUUAUACUCUCUAAAAUCAACUAGUGACACACUAAUAAUGUAAAAUGCUAAUACUAAAAAAUAAAAUAUAAAUUUAUUAAUAUUUUUAAGUAAAUGGGGAUUCACAUUUGAAAAAUAAUAAUUAUUUAAGAACAUUUAAAAUCUAUUAAAUAAGAUUUUCAACCAUCAAUAUUUAUGACAUUUAUUAUUUGGUUCAAAAAAUAAAUUUACCUUUAUCAUCAUCAUUUAUGGUUUUUUUUCUCUAAAAUAAAUUUAUGAGUUGGUCACUUCUUUUAAACAAUAUGCCAAGUUGGACCUCGCAUUUAGAUUGGGGCGUGGCUAGACGCGCCAAAACAUACAUGGAAAUAUGAACUGUGUGCUUCCCUCUUCUUACUCAAUCCAAACAGAACGAAAUACGUAGUAUAUGAAUUCUCUCUCUCACACAGUCACACACACACACUCCCUCUGCUGUCUCUUUCUCUGGACACCUAUUUUAAGUUACAUCUCAAUCCAUAUCUUCUUUCUCUCUCAAACCUGCUUCUCAAUCCCUAUCUUCUCUAUCUACACUCCCUGCUGUUUCUCUCUCUAAAACCUCAUAACAUGCUCUGUUGUCUCCUAUCAACUCCCCUGUUUUAAAGUUCUCUUAAGUCACGCCAUUCUCUCUUUAAAACCUCUCCAAACCCAUAUCUCUCUCUCUCUGUUUUUCUGUAGAGAGAGAAAGACCAAAAAUGAACAACAACAACAAAGAAAAGCUGGUGGUGGAGGUGGUCGGAGCGCACAACUUGAUGCCCAAAGACGGCGAGGGCUCGUCUUCACCAUUUGUAGAGGUUGAGUUCGAGAACCAGAGACUCAGAACCCAGGUCAAGUACAAGGACCUCAACCCAGUUUGGAACGAAAAGCUCGUCUUCCAUGUCAAAGACGUCGCCGAUCUUCCGUACAGAACCAUAGAAGUGAACGUCUUCAACGAGAAGAGGUCGAACAACAGCCGGAACUUUCUGGGUAAAGUUAGGGUUUCAGGGUCCAGCAUUGCCAGACAAGGCGAAGAGCAGCCACAAUCCUACACCCUGGACAAAAGAAGCUUGUUUUCUCACAUCCGAGGAGAGAUUAUCUUGAAGCUGUAUCUAUCUACGAGAGAGCAAGUUAAAGAAGUCAUCAAUGGCGGCGGCGGCGGCGGUGGUGGGUUGGUCUCUGGCUCGUCUUCCUCGGCUUUUUCGAAGAAGAACAAGAAAUUGCAGCAAGGGACGACUAUGGCGGUUCAGCAACAGUUGGGGCAAGAAAACAAGCAAACCCACCAAAUCCAACAGCAUUCAAAGCCUAUAGAUUCGAACCCAGGUGAUAUGAAGCCUGUUGUGGUCACAACAGGGCACAAUCCGGCCAUCUCCGCCGUCAACGGCGGCGCCACCGGCGGUGGAGGCGGCCACGGUGGUGGGUUUGGUGUCUACUCAAAUGGGUCGAGCGAGUUUUCGCUUAAAGAGACGAGUCCUCAUCUGGGUGGUGGUCCUCUGAGCAAGGACAAAACCAGCUCAACCUAUGACCUUGUUGAGCAAAUGCAGUAUCUGUAUGUUAGGGUUAUGAAGGCUCGUGAAAUUCCUGUGUUUGGUGGAAAUGAAGUGAUUGCAGAGGUAAAACUUGGAAAUUACAGAGGAAUUUCGAAGGUGGUUAGCUCCAAUCAUGCCGAAUGGGACAAUGUGUUUGCUUUCUCUAAAGACUCUAUUCAGUCAUCAGUGGUGGAAAUUUUGGUGAAAGAGAAGGACAAGGAAGAGUUUUUAGGCCGUGUUUGGUUCGAUUUGAGUGAAGUCCCCAAAAGGGUUCCACCGGACAGUCAAUUGGCGCCACAGUGGUAUAGAAUGGAGGACAAAAAAGGCGACAAGGCGAAAGGCGGCGAAGCCAUGGUGUCGGUGUGGUUCGGAACUCAGGCCGACGAGGCCUUUGCCGAAGCAUGGCAUUCGAAGGCAGCCAAUGUGCAUUUGGAUGGUCUCUGUUCUAUCAAGUCCAAGGUCUAUUUAUCCCCAAAGCUAUGGUACUUGAGAGUUUCCAUCAUUGAAGCUCAAGACAUCGUCAUGGGGGAGAAGGGUUCAGCGAUGAUGCGAUACCCCGAGCUUUCGGGGAAAGCCCAGGUCGGAAACCAGGUUUUGAGAACCAGAACUGCUCCGGCAACGCCAAACCGGAGCCUGUCAAACCCCAUUUGGAAUGAGGAUUUGGUAUUUGUGGUUGCAGAGCCAUUUGAGGAUUACUUGUUGGUCUCGGUUGAGGAUCGUAUUGCCCCGAACCGUGAUGAGGUUUUAGGGAGGGUUUUGAUUCCGGUGACCGCGAUAGAAAGGCGACUAGACGGAAAGCAGGGGAAUUCUAGGUGGUUCAACCUUGACAUUGGCCUCAACAAUGGUUCUGAAUCCAAGGCUGUGGUGAGAUUCGGGUCUCGGGUUCAUCUCAGGGCCUCCCUCGAAGGAGGCUACCAUGUGCUCGAUGAGGCCACAAUGUAUAGCAGCGAUGUUAGGCCAACUGCGAAACAGCUCUGGAAGCCCCACAUUGGGGUGCUUGAAAUGGGCAUUUUGGGUGCAACCAAUCUCAUGCCAAUGAAGCUUAAAGAAGGCAAAGGAGGCACCACAGACGCCUAUUGUGUCGCCAAGUAUGGCCAGAAAUGGGUGCGAACGCGCACUGUGGUGGACAGCUUGUCGCCGAAAUGGAACGAGCAGUACACAUGGGAGGUUUUUGAUCCCUGCACAGUCAUUACAAUUGGGGUGUUUGACAAUAGCCGUGUUGAUAAUAACACAGCCAGUGUGGCCGGAGCCCGGGACUCUCGCGUUGGCAAAGUCAGAAUCAGGCUGUCCACCCUUGAAUCAGAUAGGGUUUACACUCACUCAUAUCCCCUCCUCAUGUUACACCCUUCAGGGGUGAAGAAAAUGGGGGAGCUUCACUUGGCGGUCCGGUUUUCGUGUGCUAACAUGGUUAACAUGCUGCAUAUGUAUGCUAUGCCUUUACUACCAAAGAUGCAUUAUGUGCAUCCUUUAUCAGUGAACCAACUAGACAGCCUGAGGUACCAGGCCAUGAAUGUGGUGGCUUCCCGGCUAAGCCGGGCAGAGCCACCGUUGGGGCGAGAAGUGGUGGAGUACAUGCUUGAUCAUGACUCACAUAUGUGGAGCAUGAGGAAGAGCAAGGCCAACUUCUUUAGGCUCAUGAAUGUGCUAGCUGGUGUAGUUGCCACUGGCCGUUUGGUGGAGGCUAUGCGCAAUUGGCAUAAGCCAGUGUACUCAACCUUGUUUGUCAUUGUCUUCAUUGUGCUUGUGUUAGUCCCGGAGUUCAUAAUCCCUUUUGUAUUGCUGUCUAUGGCAUUGGUGGGGAUUUGGCGGUAUAGGUCACGCCCCCGGCACCCACCUCACAUGGACACUCGGCUGUCCUACGCCGACGGUGUUCAGCCGGACGAAUUGGACGAGGAAUUUGACUCGUUCCCCACGAGUCGAAGUGCAGACACUGUCCGGAUGAGGUAUGACCGGCUGAGAAGCGUGGCCGGGAGGGUUCAGACGGUGGUGGGGGACAUGGCGACUCAAGGUGAAAGGUUCCAAGCAUUGCUAAGCUGGCGUGACCCAAGAGCCACAUUCAUAUAUGUGAUCCUUUGCUUGUUUGCCGCAUUUGGGUUCUAUUUGGUGCCAAUUAGGUGGGUGGUGGCUCUGUGGGGGUUGUAUUUUCUGAGGCCACCCAGGUUCAGGAGCAAGUUGCCUUCUCCACCUGUGAGUUUCUUCAAGAGGCUGCCCACAAAAGCUGAUAGCAUGUUGUAGACAUGAGUCAGAUAUUUAUAUGUAGGAGGAGGGUUAGUUUGGGGUUUUUAAUUGCUGUCUUCUUCAUAUUGUUGGCCAGUCUUUUUGUCGAUUUGUAUCUAUAUCAUAUUUACCUAUUCUCUGGCUUAAUGUACUUUUAUGUUUCUCA